UAAAUCAAUCCCAGUUUUUGUGCAUUUGUUUCCCCGAAUCUCGGCUCGCUCCUCCCUCCUCCUCGAGGCCUUUGUCCUCCUCGUGCUCGUAAGGUCACCGCCAUUCCCAGCGAAGGACGGGGCGGGGCAUCCCAGCGGCGCCCCGUCAAGUGUGCGCCUCGUGAUGGCGGGGCGUGGCCGUGCGUGGCGUUAAACAGGCGGAGGCUGGGAAGGAGUGAUUUAGCAAAGGAGUUGUCACCUUGGCUUCCAUUGAGAUGAGGAGGGAAGGAGGCGAAGGGAGGUUGAUGAGCAGGGAAGGACGGACAAAUGAUAAGUCGUGUAAGAGAAGGGGAAGGAGACGCAGUUUGGAAGCAAAGGAAAGGAUAGUAGAGAGAGAAAAUUACAUACGAUUAUGAGAUGGAGUUGCAGAGGAGGAUGGUGGAAAGGAAUAGAGCGUAAUCAAGGAGAGGAAAGUAGCGCCGGAAUCCACCCGUGAGAUCGAACCCUCCUCACUUAGCUGGGUCGUCUCGUAACGCCCCGCGGCUCGUUGCUGGGAGGGGUCGAGCUCUUACCCCUUUGGUGCUACUUUUACUGCGGUUAAAGAGAGGGUAUGGGGUGCGCGUCGGACGAGAGGUGAUGACGGCCAUUAGGACGCGGCGGGAGGGGCUGGCGGCGGCGGUGUCGGCGGCGACGGCCGUGUGGAGACACCAGAUUCGUUGAGAUUAGGCGGACGGCCCGACUCAAAUGACACCUCGAGCCAGAUCUCCCUGGAUCCAUUACCUGAGACUCGAUACUUUCCUGGCAUUAAUUUCCCUCCUAGUGGGCUGCUUGUCAGUCCGUGUGAGGCGUGACCCAUGGGAAGACACGGCGGGUAGGCGUGUGAAGGAGGCGUGCGGCGUGGCGGGUGGCUGCCGCCGUGUCUUCCAGGCUUAGAGUUUGCGGUAAGGAGCUGGCGACGGCCGGAUGUGGGCUGCGGGGGGCCGCACUGCCCCUCGCCCCCCUCCCAGACCGGCAACUUUCCCGGCAGGAAGAGGCUACGAGUCGAGGAGGGGGUGAAGGCACCGCAGGACAUCGGCGAGAGGGAAGGAGGAAGCGGGGGAAGGGUGGAGAAAAGGGGGUUCUCACGCCCUGUAUGCACUCCUUCCACCCUCAAGUCCUGCCUCUCCCCUCCCCUCCCACCACCACCACCAAGGUUCAUAUCCUAUCUUGAAUACUGCCCGAAUCUCGUGUGUGUGUGUGUGUGUGUGUGUGCCACAUUAAGACUGUCAGACCGACUCUGGCCGACAGACACUCAAGCAGUCGUGCCUAUCGAAGGAGACCGGCAGGGAGGGUCCUCCUCCCCCUCCCCUACUUCUCCUGCUUCUCUCCAAGUUCUUGGAGGAGGAGGAGGAAACGGAGGUGCGAGUCAUCCUUGCAUCCGAUUGAGGUUCACGACUUGGAGUGUUUUCGUGGCUCCCUGUGUGUUAUCCUUCGUGCUUGGGGGCGGGGCGAGGAGGGGAGGGCGCGGGGAGCUGCCACACGCCGCCGCCGCGCUCAACACGCCCGCUGCUGACGCUCGCCUUGCAUCACUUUAACGAAGCUUUCCUUUCGGCCUUAUUAGGUUUGUCAGAAAUGUUAUUCGAGGUUCAGUGUGUCAAACUACUUUUGUUUGAAAAGGGAAGACAUUAAGAAGGGCUGCGCCGCAACAGGUGGAGCGGCAGGGGAGUCUGGCCUACCUGCCUGCCUGCCCGGCCCCGAGUCCUGAGAUAUCUCAGGGUCGGUCACCCUGUCAGUUGCCCGCCAGCCGUCGUCGGGUGAGCACUUGAUAGCUCGUGUCCGCUCCUCCCCGCUACGUUGUUGAAUCCUGCGUCCCGCGUGCCUCUCGCUUUACCUCUACCCAGGAGGUGCUGCAGCAGAGGGACACUUCGCCGCGAGUGGCAGUAGUUGUGUUGAUAACGCGAUCACUCACCGUCAGAACUUCAUUUUUGUUUUGUUGAUGCAAGAGAGUGCCAGACGCUAUUGUAUGCCUGUUUUUAUUUACCUUUGCUUCUUGGCAGUGGCUCAGUAACAGAGAGCCCGCAGCCCCGUGACCCCCGCCUCAGUUUAACCGAUAACAAGACGUGCGUGAUAAGAUAAGUCGUCAAUACUCCCUUGCUGUGUACAAGAGCCGCGGCGUCUCAGUGCUGGAGUGACUGGCCUCGCGAGAGUUCCAGCGGCACACAAGGUCAAGUUCAUUCGCUGACUCCCGCCACCCCCGCACGGCCGUGCCUUCACUCCUUCGUCAAGUUUUCCUGAACCUGUUGCACGAGGAAAGCCAAGUGAAAGGAAAAGUUGCUUUCUACCUGACCUGGUAACCGACGGCACCUGACCUAAAUACUACGUCACCCAUUCACCGAGAGAUUGCUGACAGGGCACACUUAACCCACACGAGGAGCGCCGCCGCCGUAGUGAGAGUGGGUGGAGUCACACACACUCCCGCUGAAGAUGGCUCUGGCCUUUACAUAAGUGAUCCGGAAUUGUAGCCUAAGAUGAUCCCCUCUGUAGCCGCCUCGCCUCCCACCGACGGCUUACCCUCGUAAGCUUAGUGUCCGCCUCCAAGUGACGCAUUAGACCCGUGCUUGACUCGCGUGCGACGGUCAGUGGACAGCGACGCGUGACCCUCGUAUGGCCAAGGUGCUGGCGACGGCACGUGUCGAUGGAAUGUUUGUGUUGGGCUCUGGUGUGGCCACACUCAACCUCUCCACCAUGGGGGACGAGAGUUGUUCCGAGGUGUCCAGCUCGUCACCACUCACCAGUCCCGGCGCCCUCUCACCGCCAGCCCUCGUCAGCGUCGGCGUCAGCGUUGGCAUGAGUCCUCCCACCUCCCUGGCCUCCUCAGACAUCGGAGAGGUGGACCUUGACUUCUGGGAUCUCGACCUCAACUCCCCCAGCCCCCCGCACGGCAUUGCCCCCGUCGCCCCCACCAACGCCCUGCUGCUCCCCCGCGCCAUGGCUUCGCCCUCCGACACCUCCUCGUUAUCAGGGCGAGAUGACAUGUCGCCGCCCUCAUCGCUGAGUAACUACGGUGCCGACUCCUACGGCGACCUGAAGAAGAAGAAAGGCCCCAUCCCGCGCCAGCAGGAGGAGUUGUGUCUGGUGUGCGGCGACAGGGCAUCGGGCUACCACUACAACGCCCUCACCUGCGAAGGAUGCAAAGGUUUCUUCCGGAGAUCCAUCACGAAGAAUGCCGUGUACCAGUGUAAAUAUGGCAACAACUGUGAGAUGGAUAUGUACAUGCGGCGCAAGUGUCAAGAGUGUCGCCUCAAAAAGUGUCUCAACGUGGGCAUGCGGCCAGAAUGUGUUGUGCCCGAGUCUCAGUGCCAGGUGAAGAGAGAACAGAAAAAGGCACGAGACAAGGACAAAAAGGAUUACCCGAGCCUAGGGUCCCCUAUAGCCGAGGACAAGGCUGGCCCCAUUAGUCCAGUGAGUAAAGAUUGUAAAUCCAAAGGUCCAUCAACUGCGUGUGCUAUGCAGUUCAAAAAUCUUGUUGACAGCUCUAGCAACGUUCAGUCUCCUAUGUCAGCCAUGCAGCGGACAACCACCAAGCCACUCACGCGGGAGCAGGAGGAGCUGAUCAAUACUCUAGUCUACUACCAAGAAGAGUUUGAACAGCCAACUGAAGCGGAUAUAAAGAAGAUCAGAGAUUACGAAAUAAGUGAUGACGACUCGGAUGCCAAGUUUAAACACAUCACAGACAUGACCAUCCUCACAGUCCAGCUGAUCGUAGAGUUCUCCAAGCGCCUGCCCGGCUUUGACACACUACUCAGAGAGGAUCAGAUAACACUGCUAAAGGCUUGUUCAUCAGAGGUAAUGAUGCUUCGAGCAGCCCGGCGUUAUGAUUCCAAGACAGAUUGCAUUGUGUUUGGAAACAGCUUCCCCUACACACAAGCCUCCUAUGCACUAGCUGGCUUGGGAGAUUCAGCAGAGGUACUCUUCCGUUUCUGCCGUAGCCUUUGUAAAAUGAAGGUGGACAACGCAGAGUAUGCACUACUAGCUGCCAUAGCUAUUUUCUCAGAGAGGCCAAACCUAAAAGAACUCAAAAAGGUGGAAAAACUUCAGGAAAUCUACCUUGAAGCAUUGAAGUCUUAUGUAGAGAAUCGACGACUGCCUCGGUCUCACAUGGUGUUUGCGAAGUUGCUUAAUAUCCUCACAGAGUUGCGGACCCUUGGAAAUAUUAACUCAGAGAUGUGCUUCUCCCUCACAUUCAAGAACAAAAGACUCCCACCCUUCCUGGCUGAGAUCUGGGAUGUUUCUGGAUACUGAGCCUCAGCCACCUCCCGGGUGCCAUAUUACCGAGGUAAAAUGUUGGCGCAAGAAGGUUGUGAGCCCUCUGGGGGUGGUGGAUGGACUCUACACUAUGUACCUGCAGGCUGUGAGUGAGAGACUGUUGAUGCUGUGGCAGCAGCUUCACACUGCCACCCAGGGCCCACUUUCAGCCACUUGACGUGUCUAUGGUUCAGGCCACCAGUGAAUGUGCCGUGUAGCACUCCACUAGUGCAAUGUGAGUGUAUAAUGAUGCACUUUAGAUGUGAAGGGCAGCAGUAUGGGCAUUGUAGCCAUUUUUAUUAACACAUUUUAUAAAACCUUCAAAUAUAAUGAAAAUGGUGUGCGUAUUGACUGUUUCAUAUACAUAUACCUACAUGUAUGUGUAAAAUGUUUUUGCUAUAUAAUUUUUUUAUAUAUAAUAUUAAAGAGUAAAAAGGGCUACAUUGCACUGUUGCUCAGACACUGCGCAAGCCACAUUCUGGCAGGCAACGAACUCCCCGUGCCUUGCUUACGGUCAAGUCUCUGUUUCCUACACUAUUCUCAAGGUGCUCCUGCGGGACUGAGGAGAGGGGAAUUUAAACACAAGGAACAGUGCGAUGUCUUCUGAUCAUAUUUUUAUAUGAAUUCUUGUUAAUUUAAUGAGCUGGUAUGCCGUCCUUACAAGUAGAAAACUACUGAAAAUGUUAUUAUAACUGUAAUGUUAUUAAUACUGCUAUGAAGUGUAAUCUUAUAUCAAUAUCCCUGCCCUUACACAUGGAAGGUUGUGUAUAAACCAGUUAGUUUACAUUUUAAAAGUAAAGGUGCAGCCUACAUAGAAAAUGGGUUUGUGAAACGCUCCUGUGAAAUGUGCAAUUUAGAUGGAUGACGUUAGUGAGACUCCAGCAGGAUGGAAUGGGGGUAAUUAUGCCAAAGACAUAACAAAGAAGAAAGUUUUGUAUACUCAAGUUAGUGAAGACUGAGUACAUUAUAUUUUUACUAUCUUCAAUUUUGUAUUCCAUGAAUAGAAAGUAUAUGCAUUGCCUAAUUUUUAAAAAAUUUAAUUUUUCAAAAUGUCAUAUCACCCAAAUUUUCAAAUACUAAAGUAUUUUUUUACAUUGAUGUGAACAAAUAUGCUGCUAAAAUUCUGUGGUACAUUAUUUUUUCUAUUAUGUAAAAGUAAUCAGGCAUGACUACCCUUUGUACACUUGCUUAGGAACCUUAUCUUCAGUGGACCUGCAUUUUACCCCAGAAGCCAAUACUAAUCCAAAAGAAACACCCUUUGCCUUUCCCAAAUCAAAAUAUAGAAAUUAAUAUUAAUUUGGACCUUAAAUUAAUGCCAUAUUCAUCCCAACCCUAUUAGAAUCUUACUGGUCACCCUAACCUAGCCUAAUACGAUUAUGAGCAUAAAUUAACAAUAUAACUAGUAAAUUUCCAGACUGUAGAAAUUUUGAAUUUACCUGAAAAGUACAACUGAUAAUAUAGAUUAAGAUAAAAAGUACUAUAAGGAAAAUAACUAGGGUGCUGAGGAAACAAAAUUGUCCAGGGUGCUAUUUUCAAAAAUGCUGUUUCCAGAAGGGCUCAGGAACUCUGCCUCGAUUACUUGCUGCAAUGAGCACUACACCCACAAUGGUAGUACAGUAGGACACAUUUUUGACACUUGAAAAAUGUGACUACUGGAUUUUAGAGUUAGUGAUGUUUUGCUCUUCUACCAAGUAUCAACUUAGGAGUGUAGGUUCUCUGUUAAGCUGUAAUGCUUCAGGUUUAGGGAUGUCAGAUGAAGCCAGUUCCAGAUUUUCAGUCACAUGAAGUGACAGCAUCAGUCAAGCAGUGUUAAUAUAUCAUGCAAACCUUUUCAUUUCAGUGUUAAAUCAAUGUACAGGGGCUGAAAUUUUGCUACAGAAUGUUGAAAUCACAAGAUAAUGAUUGAAAUCCCUGAAACUGGUGAAUUACCCAAUCCAUGGCUUCUUCGUGUCUUGCGAGCCACCAUGAUACUUCAUUUUCAGUGAUUAAUGGUUUAUGAUGGUGGCUGUUAAGAUCAUGUUAACUACAAAAAUCUCUCAUUCAGACUGAGACGUUUGUGUCCGUCAUGAAUCCAGUGCAUUAUCUUGUGUUACUUGUCCAGAAAUAUUGGUUGUUUGCUACAUUUACUGUGUAUUAAUAUCUGUAAAGCAGGUUUUGUUAGGACGUAAAUGAUUCUGAAUCAGAAUGAGUGCAUCAAAUGUUCUUAGAGUGCAUGUGUGUAAGUACAGACAGACUUCACCUUCAUCAUAGACUUAGCUCAUCUACAUAGUCUCUUAGCUUUUCCUCAUCUUCACAUCUUCAUUUUUUUGUAGCCACUUUUCAGCACAUAGGAGAGUCAGUGUAUUGAGUUGGCUGAAGAGGGUUCAAAUUGGGCUAGACUGUGCACCAAAAGCAGAUGGCAAUCAAAACAAAAAAUCAAGUUUGACAUUUAGGCAUUACCGUGUCCAACUGGUGCAGUUGUAUGAUUCCCAUAUCAGAUGCAUUGUUUAAAGACUGUUAAAGAUGGAGGUAAACUCACUUCUCUGCAUCAUACAAGCAAAAAGAACAGUGGCUGUCACUAGCUAUUACUGUAUACAAGGAAAUGUAGGAUCUGAGGUAGGGAAUGGACCAGACUAUCAUCUAUUCAUGACCAUUCAGCUGUUAUCCUUUACUCCCAUUUACCUACAUUCACUUCAGAUAUGUUUGUAGGUGAAGAGACUGAGUGAUUCAGGGUAAAAUUAACAGCAACUCCUGCAUUUACACAACUUUAAACAAUCUGUGGAAAACUCUUUCCUACAGAGCAAUGCAGGUUGCCACUAUCUAUCUUGUUUAUUAUUAGCUCAUUAAUUGAUUGGCAACUGUGAUAAGGCUGAUCAGUUUCAGUAAAAGUAAUUCAAGCACUCAGAUUCUUCCAUUUGUUGAGUAGUGUUGGUGCAUAAUACAAGUAUCUGUGAUACUUUAUCCUGUAAAGAAAGCUUUUUAUUCAAUAUGAUAUUAGACACUAUAAUCUGUAAAAGCUUAAAUGCACAAACUUUGUUUCUAUUUGUUAAAAAAUUGGGGGAACAAUAGAGCCUUGAUAAUUUUGUGUACACUAUUUAUUUUUUAUAUGUAAUUUUCUAGAAAUUUAAACUGACAAAAAAAUACUUGCUAUUCAAGGACUAGGUUUCCCUGAGGGAGUAACAGCAAACAUCCUAAUUCUGUCUGUGGGCUCAAAUAUCCCCUGGUGUGCGUGUUCUAAACAAUCAUCUUGAUGCCGUUUAGUGGUCGAGUAUGAUUGGGGUUGCAUCCAGAGGUCAGAGAUGUACUCAGUGAAAACUUUGUAAGUAGGUUUUCUUGGUCUGCUUUAAACAAACCCAAGACUAAUGCAUGUAUAAAUGAACCAUACUGUCAGUAUUUGCUUCUGUGAGAACGUAACUUUCAAAUGUGAUUGGUUGAAACCUGGGUCAGCCAAUCACUUUUGGAAAAGCCAUAUAAAUGUGUCUCACUGUCCCCUGAUUGGUCAAAAUCUGUAGUCCACAAGCCAAUCAGGUGCCAGUUAUACGUCCAAGCUCCUCCUCCAUUAAGACAACUGUGAGUCUGUGCCGGAAAUGAGCAACUCAUUAAUUUUGAGAAAAAAGUUUUUAUAUUAAAUUUGGAAAAUAAUAAAAUUAUCUUGUUUCUUU